ACCAAUUGCAGUCUUUAUAACGUUCUCGAAACUAGCCUACAUCAGAAGCUUAGGUAAAAGACAUCAUAGCUUUCUCAAACAGCGCUAGAGCACUGAAAAAUACCUUUUAUUGUUUCGUCGUGCACAUUUCCCCGGUAGCCUACAUUCAACUAUUUCAGUUGAUACAUAGUAUCAGCCCACAUCUAGAGAAGCUGCUUCUUAUUGGUUCAUAUAGCUGAAUUCCAGUAGAAAAAAAUGACUGAAGCGGAGGACCAUAGCACGAACCCUGCAAGGCACACGAAUGGGGAUGUGGUAGCAGAACCUUCGACCGUAGAAGAUGUUUUUGACGACACGUACAAAGAAAAAGAAGGCCCAAAGCCGCCGAAACAAGUAGUGUGGAAAAACGUUUUUUUAAUGACUUUACUGCAUAUAGGAGCUAUGUAUGGCUUGCUCCUUAUUCCAUCCGCUUCUAUUUUGACCUUGGCAUGGUCUGUAUUAUGCUUUUUGAUAAGUGCUUUAGGAGUGACUGCAGGGGCGCAUCGGCUUUGGAGUCACAGGUCCUACAAAGCCUCAUUACCCCUUCGAAUCUUCCUUGCCACAGCCAAUUCCAUGGCCUUUCAGAAUGAUAUAUACGAGUGGGCUCGAGACCACAGAGUUCACCACAAAUACUCAGAAACCGAUGCAGACCCUCACAACGCCGUCCGGGGAUUCUUCUUCUCUCACAUCGGCUGGCUCCUGGUGCGCAAGCACCCCGACGUCAUCGAGAAGGGUCGGAAACUCGAGCUCACCGACUUGAAAGCAGACAAAGUGGUCAUGUUUCAAAGAAAGUAUUACAAGCCCUCCAUCCUGCUCAUGUGCUUCUUCGUCCCCAUGUACGUGCCCUGGUACUUCUGGGGGGAGAGCCUGUGGACAGGCUACUUCGUCCCAGGCCUGCUGCGCUACACCAUGGUCCUGAACGCCACCUGGCUGGUGAACAGCGCCGCCCACAUGUGGGGAAACAGGCCGUACGACCACAACAUCAACCCCAGAGAGAACAAGUUUGUCACUUUCAGUGCCAUCGGAGAGGGAUUCCAUAACUACCACCACACGUUCCCCUACGACUAUGCAACGAGCGAGUUUGGCUGCAAGUUGAACCUCACCACCUGCUUCAUCGACUUCAUGUGUUACCUGGGCCUGGCAAAAGACUGCAAGAGGGUGUCACGAGACCUAGUCAUGGCUCGAGCGCAACGCACUGGAGACGGCAGCCACAGAAGUGGUUAAGAGGUUCCCAAAUUUCCACAAUUAAAACAAGCAAACCCAACAUCAGAAAUGAAUAAAAGGAAAACGCUCGCCGCUUUUUUAUUUUGGAGGGGGGGUUAUGCUUCUCUUGUGCCGCCACAGCUAUGGCAUCACACCCAAAUGUGAGAUGCUCCUGGGAUUCAUAUUAGCUUUAAGGGGACUAGAUCUUAUGUAACGUUGUAAAUUUAAAUUUCUUCUUCACUGCAGCAUUGGGAUUUGUGUGGUGUGAGGUGGUCGAUGAAAUCCACCAUUGGCUGGACUCUCCCUUGCCCUGUGUCAGGCUACAGUCUAUUCCCUGUACGUGGUCACUGCUGAGGGAUCUCAACAGCUCACGCACAGGACAGGUUGAACUGUCGUGUGCUCCUAACAUAUUGCACAGGACAGAUUAAACUGUCGUGUGCUCCUAGCAUAUUGCACAGGACAGGUUAAACUGUCGUGUGCUCCUAACAUAUUGCACAGGACAGGUUAAACUGUCGUGUGCUCCUAACAUAUUGCACAGGACUGGUUAAACUGUCGUGUGCUCCUAGCAUAUUGCACAGGACAGGUUAAACUGUCAUGUGCUCCUAGCAUAUUGCACAGGACAGGUUGAACUGUCGUGUGGUCCAAGCAUAUUGCACAGGACAGGUUAAACUGUCGUGUGCUCCUAGCAUAUUGCACAGGACAGGUUAAACUGUCGUGUGCUCCUAGCAUAUUGCACAGGACAGGUUAAACUGUCGUGUGCUCCUAGCAUAUUGCACAGGACAGGUUAAACUGUCGUGUGGUCCAAGCAUAUUGCACAGGACAGGUUAAACUGUCGUGUGGUCCAAGCAUAUUGUACAGGACAGGUUAAACUGUCGUGUGCUCCUAGCAUAUUGCACAGGACAGGUUAAACUGUCGUGUGCUCCUAACAUAUUGCACAGGACAGGUUAAACUGCUGUGUGCUCCGAUUAUAUUGCACAGGACAGGUUAAACUGCUGUGUGCUCCGAUUAUAUUGCACAGGCAGUCAAACCAGACUCUCAAGCUGCAGCCAACAUCAACGGAGAAAUGUAUCUUGAUAAGUGCAGACCUAUUUAUUAAUUAAUUGUGGCACUUGGAAUUUACAAUGUGCGGUGAAGCAGUCAGUUGUGUCCUUAGAUUUAUUUCAGCUUGGGUCGCAUACAGCUCAGUAGAGAGAGAUUUCUUUCUUACUUUUUGAGCGAUAAUAUUGGAACUUGAAGCAUCUAACAUUUCAGUAGUAAUCUCUCCACCAAAGCCGCCAAAAGUGGAGUUGGAAAAACAUUGAAAAUUAAUGUCAAAUCAAUGGAUUUAUUGAUAAAACUGCCGUCAGUCUCUUACUUGCCACAAGCAGCAGUUUUGCAUCGUCGGCAUAUUUAACAGCAGUGUUUGCCACAAACACCAUUAUCUACUCAUCCACCAGUAUUGUUCUAUAGAAAGCUUAAGCAGGGACAUUAUAAUAAAUCAAUAAUAAAGCGUACGAUGACAUAAUGGGACAUAAAUUGGACAGAGCAGGGACUUAGCACAUUUAAGUAGAGGGAACAUGACAAGCCCAAACCCUGCAGACAGCUUCAGGAGAUGCGUCAAAGUUGAAUGUGCCAUGCAAAUGACAAUUACUCUGGGUUAUUUUGAAGCUGAGGCCCACAUAUUUGAACUGUGAUACACAUUGGGCCCACCACACUCUGCUGUAUUGUAUAAAGGGAAACUUUAGUAGUAGUAUGUGAGGUCAUAAAAGCUCAUUGUAACAUGUGCAGUAGCCUCAGGUCAAAAUGGCUGUUCAGAUGGGUACAUAUGUCAUUCUUAUUUGCCAUCAUGUAAUUACACUAACACAACAAAGACAUGUAAUCUGCCUCAUAUGCAAUCUUUAAUUCAUUUAUGUAGUUAAACGUAAUUAUCUUUAAAAAGGUAGAAUUAAAGUAUUGAAACAAAGUAAAAGUUACCAAUGUGAUAAGCAAAGUGCAGUGUAGAAAGUCAUGCUGGACUUCCUCUCCACUGUUAGCUGAGCGAAAGCACUGCAUUGUAGAGCAAUGUCUAAACCAAGUUAGUGAAGGCUAGUCAGUGGUGAAGGUGGUGAUUGGAAAUGGCCAAAACGUUAUCCACCACCAGCAAAGUGGCUGAACAGUGAGAAGAGUGUGUUGUAUACUGUACAUCACAUUUCCUCCCAGAAUCUAUCGUUGUUGCAGUAUGUGCGGUUCCCAUAUGGUGAAUAGUGAGCUGAGUGUGUCUGAAGAUAUUCCUCUCUGGCUUCCCAGGCUAAAAAGUGAAAAAAUAAAUAUGGCUUCAAGUUUGAAAAAAACAUUAGACUAAUCAAAAGAUCCUUAGAAAAUGGUUAGCUGCAUGUUGUGUACCUGACUGUCUUGUUUGAAAAUGGCUGCCAGUCAAUUGGGACCUACUGAGAUCAGGGCAGUUGGAAGUUGUUGAAGUUAUGCCAAUAGAUGUCAGUGCAAGUACUGUGUUGAUGAAUAGGCCCAUAUCGCUUACAUAUUUAGGAAGCAACCUUCAAUUUUGGUCAAUUACUAUACACAUUAUUCACUGUGUUUUAGGUUUGCCAAGAUUCAAGCAAAUGAAGCAGUCUUAUAGUGAAGUGUGUGAAUUACUUAAAGCCUCACCCCCUCUCACUCUUAAAUUGUGCCACAACACAACUUGGGCAUACCAUUAUUAUAUUUCGCAAGUUGAAAUUUAUGUCGUUUCUGGUUCAAAGUAAUUAGCAUUUUAGGAAUAUGGGUGAUUUAUACAAACUGAAUGGCAAACGGAAAUGGCUCCAUCGGUCUAUGAUGCUGUCCAGUUUAAUGGGUCAGGCCCUUUAAACAUUGAAAGAGUAGUGAAGAUAAUAAGAGUGAUUAUAAUCUUUUUAUGUGGCUCUCAACAAUCUGUGUUCCAAUUUUAACAUAAUUGAACUGCAUGUCAAAAACAGCACCAUUUAAAAUUUUGAAGGGCUGGUUUAGAUGACUUUUCUUCAUAAAACAGUCCUGUGUUCUCAUGUUAUAUCGGAUAAAAAUACCUCUGACUGUGUAAAAUGGCAAAGGUGCCUGACCAAAUUGUUGCACAACAGUGCCAAUCGCACUAUAUUCAGCUUUUAUGGGAUUUAAAUUGUUUGCAAAUUACUGUACACAAACAAGAAUUGAUAUUUAUUAUUUUUAUUGUUAUUUAUUGCAGCUGCAGUUAAGAAAGUGAAUGGUUCAGGGAAAAUGUUUUUUUAAAGUUCUACCACUGGUUCUACUAUCUACUAAAGUUGGUUCUUCACUUGCAUCUAGCCCAUUUAACUGUUUGCUCUCAUACAUGAUCCAAGGGAAUUAGAAUGAAAGAGUACUUCUAGAUAUCUGAACUAAAUGAGUCAGGAAACAGUGCCCAAUGCCUUAUGACUUUAAUCCAUUCCGUAUUCUGCUUUCAGCUCCCAUCGAUGUUAUGAGACAGUUUAUAUAGUGGAAGUGGAAGCCAAAUAUGAGUUUAGUAGCAAACUGUAAAUAGCAGUGUGUUCAUUAGUCGAAAGAGGAGUGGAAUGUGUGAUUUCUGACCAGGGCCAAUUGUUUCAAAUGUAGAGAGAUGUGCCACCUUGGUAAUUAUAAAAAAAACAAAAAAAAACAGGCUUGGCAUUUUUGCCUGAAACCUGGAAACAAAAAGGCUCUUUAUUGUGUCUGUCUUAAUAACUGCAAGUGAGAGCUACAUUUAGCACUUACUAAAUUCCAAAAUGGCCACAUAACAUAUGUAUUUCCCUCAUGAUAUUCAGUUAUCUAAAAGAAACAUUUAUUUUCUGUUAUGUAGAGGGAACAAAAGAUGAUAAUUCCUAGCAUGUUAUAAUGUGUGUACUGUAGUUCUGAAGUACAAUUCAGAAGUAUUUUGAACUAAACAAACUUUUAAUUAAAUGAAUUACUGUUGGUCUACCUUUUGCAGUGCAUUUUUUCCAGUGUUAAAUUUUGAAUGCCUUAAGAAACCUUAUUGGCAUAUUUUGCAAGGAAUGUUUUAUGCACUGUAAAUUAAGCAUAUUUUCUACAAGGUGAAACAAGAUACUGUGUUUUUGUUCUUUUGUUAUAAUGCCACAGUAAUUUCCUUUCUUAAACAAAUAAAAAAGAAACUCUCUUCUUUGUCUAAUCUUUUCAAACAAAAAAGUAAAUAUAAAAUUAAUUUGAACAUAGUCAGGCUACAGAGUGGAGUAUUUUAACCAUAUCAGCAAACGGUUCUGCAAAAGAUCAGUUGAAUUCAGAAUUUCUUCCAUUUUUAAAGGAAACGUGUAGGCAUAUAGUUAGAUUACAUGAAUUGAUAGACAUUUUGAUCUUGGAUUUUCUUUUCUGUUUGGAAAUGUUUUAUUAUUAAGGUAGAAUCAUUCAUUGAGUAGCCAUUUGAGGAGGAUCCUCAAAAAAUCCAGAAACCCAGACAACAUUCAAGCUUUGAAAUUGAACAUAAACACAAAAUAAAUGUUUUGGAGGAGUGACAA